UAAAAGUUCAGUAGGCGCUACGUAAACAAACUCUGCGGUUUGAAUUGGCCGGAUCCGAUUCCAGUGACCGGUUUUAAAUAAAACCCACCAACUAGUAGGUAUAAAGGUUGAACUUGAAAGUCUAUAAGCCAAUUAUCUGAGACGAUUAAGAUAAUGGCACCAAAUAUAGAACCCGAAGACUGGAAGGUGUCAGGAAUAUCUCGAACUUAUCCCAGCUAUCGAAAGUACCAGCCCAUUACUGGCGAAAGUUGGCUGAAGGGGAAAAAUGCAGAUGACGAGGCCGAAGGUCUUUGGCGUAUCAAUGAUAAGCUUUAUGACUUGACAGAUUUCGCCAAAAGGCAUCCGGGCGGUGCCUUUUGGAUUGAAUGCACCCGGGGCACGGAUAUCACAGAGCCCUUCGAGUCGCAUCACAUUGAGGAGCAUGCCCGGAAUAUGCUCAGCAAGUUCGAAGUUCGUGAGGCCUCCAAACCAAGAAAUUAUAAAUUUACACUGAAAGAAAAUGGCUUCUAUAUGACUCUGAAGAGAAGAGUUCGAGAAAAGCUAAGGAAAUUAAACUAUAAGCCUUCGAAGAAAACUGAGUUCCUGCAUCUGUUUUUAAUAAUUUCAUUUUUUGUGUUGAGCUGGAUUGGAACUGUAUUGGAUUCUUUGGUUGUCCUGGCCCUGGCGGGCUUGGCUCUUUGUUGGGUGGCCACUUCCACCCACAACUACUUCCAUCAGAGGGACAGUUGGCGGAUGUACGCCUUUAAUCUCUCCUUGAUGAACUUUAGGAGCUGGCGAGUGUCUCAUGCCCUCUCCCAUCAUGUUUAUUCCAACUCUCUACAUGACCUGGAAAUGUCAAUGUUUGAACCUUUCAUGUGUUGGCUUCCGGGUCGUCAAUAUGCCACCAAAGUCCAACGUUGGAUUUCCAUAAUAAUUUCUCCCAUAGUUUAUACAGGCCUGUUUCAUGCUCAAAUUCUAAUACGGAUAUUCCUCUCCCUGACCAAGAAGAACAUUAUGUACUGGGACGAUCUCUUGCCACUUAGUUUGCCUGUUUUCCUUUAUUUAACCACGGAUGUUGGCCUCAAAACUUCAUUCCUGAACUGGCAAACUGUAGUGGCUAUUGGCAGCUUUAUUUUUGGUUUUAUUGGCCUGACAGCAGCUCACCACGAUCCUCAAAUUCUUCACGAUGGCGACGCCCAGCGCCAGGACAUCGAUUGGGGUCUCUACCAACUGGACACCAUCAUCGAUCGCAGUGACAUCAAGUGGUCUGACUUGUUGGUUCUAACCCACUUUGGAGAACAUGCUCUCCAUCACCUAUUUCCCACUUUGGAUCAUGGAGCUCUCAAGCACCUCUACCCGGAAUUAAAUCAAACAAUGAAGGAAUUCGACACUGAAUUAAGGGAAAUUAAUCACUGGGGUCACAUCAAGGGUCAAAAUCAGCAGUUGUUGAGAAUCGAGAGAAAUCCACUACCACCUGGUUCCAAAAAAAUGAAAUAAUCGGUCUUCAUAGAAAAGAAAUAAAUGAUAUUGGGAAUUAAUUAAUACCUUUUAGUAGGAACUUAACACAUUUCCUUCCUUUAAUUAUUUGUAAAUUAAUUAAACCAAAGUCUCUUCACUAUUUCUUUCUCUUAUAUCUUAAGAAAGAUCUUUUUUAGAUUACUCUCUUUAUUGUUUUUAACGGUCAAAAGCUUUAUUUAAACAGUUUCCGGUUUUUUAUUGUGUUUGUUAUGAUAUCUUGAAGUUUACGUCUUGCUUUAUCAGCCUAUUAAGUGGCUACAAACAUUUCUCAGCUUCAUUUGCAUUUAAAAAAUUGAAAAAAAAUUGGAGGUGAUAGUUCAUGAUGAAAUAUUAUGUAUAGUUCAGUUAAUAAACGAAGUGAGUGAAUU